AUAUGAUCCGAGCGGGCAGCAGACGCUAUCCACGACCGGAUAUUUUUCUCAAUAUCGGGGUUUAAAAUUUGUAAUCAAUCUGUCGAGUCAAACGGUUACUGAAAGCUCACAAUGAAGCUCGCUGAGACACAGAUGCGAGUUGUUCGGACGGCGACAUGACCCGAAAACCGCGCGCCAGACGGUUUUCUCGGUCACAGUCUCUUGUUUCUUCGCAGUUUGGGCUCUUAGAUGCAGAGAAGGAAGGUUGUGAUCAGAUGAAGCGAUGAACCUUUGGGACACCUUCUGUGCAAGGAAUGAUGGGACCCUGGUCAUCUGGGAGGGUAACCGUCUGAGUCGCUGCUUCCUGGACCUCCUCGGAAGCGCUGUGCAUGUCCUGGUCGCGGUCAUCAGCGUCUACUACGUCGGCAUCCGCCAGAUCGCCCUCCGCCGCGACCACCAGCUCGUCCACCUGCUGCCAUCGACAUGGCGGACCCACCUUCGCAAGCUGUGCUGCUCCAUCUUCCUGCUGCGUCCUGUCGUCCACCUGGUCAUGUCCCAGCUGAUACUCGGCGAGGUCAUGGCACCCUCGACAAUGUUCAACAUCGGCGCCGUCAUUCUGACCUGGACGGUCCACUUCUUCUACCUGCAAACACUCACAAACCCACUGCCACGGCACCGCCGGUUCGCUGGCGAGGUUCCCGUGAUAUUUGUCGUGGCCACGUCCGGGUUAUGCGCCACGUUUCGCGUGUCCGCACUCCUCUCCCUGAGUGAGUCGGAUCAUGGCUCCGAACUCUCGUAUUAUGCCGACUUGUACUCGAACAUUGCGAGCGCGCUCGCCUGUGCCUUCUACCUUACAGCCGCUGUACACUGCUCGAGCACUGCAGGCGAGACGCCGCCACGGACGUCGGGCCAGGAGUCGCCGUCGUCCGUCCAGAGCUACGUCCGUCUGCUCGAAGCGGACGACGAAGCCCGACAGCUUGGCACAGCGGAGGACACCAACUUCUUCUCGCUCCUCACCUUUUGGUGGGUCGGACGGUUGAUGCGCCGCGGAUACCGGGGCCACAUUCAGGAGCCCGACGACCUGUAUGACCUCCCGGUCAGCCUGAGACCCGAAGAGGUCGUUCAAGGACUUUACCGGAAGGUCGACGCCUCUAAGCCACUGCCUGGUCUUCUCACACUAUUCCACCGAUGCAUCGGAAAGCAGUACUAUGCCGUUGGAGUUCUGAAGUUCCUCGCAGACGUCCUGUCAUUUGCCAGUCCCAUCUUGCUGAACAGGCUCAUCAUGUUCCUCGAGGAAGGACCUGGUCAGGGACCUGCGUGGUCUGGCUACGCCUACGCGUCGGGGCUCACUAUUGCCUGUCUCGUCGGUGCGUUCUUGUCAACUCACUAUGGUUACCUGGUGUCGCGCAUAGGACUCAAGGCGAGGGCGAUUGUCGUGGCGCUCGUCUACCAGAAGACGCUGCGUGCAGAUGCAACGGAGCUGCGACAGAGUUCGUCAGAAGCGCUGAAUCUGAUGACCACCGACGUGGAUCGAAUUGUUGGCCUCUUUCAAAGCUUGCACGAGGCAUGGAGCUUACCACUUCAGGUAGCAGUGACAAUGUUCCUGCUCUGGCAACAAGUGGGCCUGGCCUUCCUUGCUGGCGUUGUGCUGGCUGUUUUGCUGGUCCCCGUCAACCGCUCCAUCGCACUCAAUAUUGGUAGACUGAGCACUAGCAUGAUGGCAUUCAAAGACGCGCGCAUAAAGCUGAUGUCGGAGGUGCUGUGGGGCAUGCGGAUGAUCAAGAUGCACGCGUGGGAAGCCCUCUUCCAGGAACGUGUUGAGAGCAUCCGGCAGAAAGAGGUGGCCUUCCUGCGGCAGCGCAAGUACCUGGACGCCCUGUGCGUCUUCUUCUGGGUCGUCACACCCGUGCUCAUGUCGGUGCUGUCCUUCGUCACCUACGUCCUCCUCGGCCACCGACUCACUGCUGCAAAGGUGUUCACGUGCCUCGCUCUCUUCAACAUGCUCAAAGUGCCACUCAAUGCCUUCCCCUGGGUCAUCAACGGAUGCAUGGAGGCAUGGGUGUCGUUGAAACGUACCCAAUGCUUCCUCGACCUCAACGAUUUCGCUCCUGCCAGCUACUACACUAGCUCAAAAGAGGAUGACCUGCUCGUGCGGGUCACGAAUGGUGUCUUUCACUGGGGUGGCGUGAUGGGCGAUGCCACUCUUCCAGCAGCCAUCAUCGGAGCCCGGGGCUUCAUCCUAGGACCGGUCAACGUCACGCUGCGCAAGGGACAACUGGUGGGUGUGGUGGGUCGGGUGGGCAGUGGCAAGAGCACCCUCCUGGCAGCCAUCACCGGCGACAUCUGCCGGGUCCAGGGUGCGGUGACCCUCAAGAGGCUUGACAUAGCCCUGGGUCUGGUGCCCCAGCAGCCGUGGCUCCAGCGAGGAACGCUCCGCGCCAACGUGCUCUUCGGGCGGCCAUUCGACGCAGCGCGCUACCAGGCAACGCUCGAAUGCUGUGCCCUUCUUGACGACCUGAAGUCUUUGCCAGCUGGCGACCUGACGGAAGUUGGCGAGGAAGGUCAGACACUGAGUGGAGGCCAGAAGCGGCGAGUUGCCCUGGCUCGGGCCUUGUACCAGGACUGUGACGUGUACCUGCUGGACGACCCGCUCUCGGCACUGGACGCCCACGUGGCGCAACAGGUGUUCGAGAGCUGCAUCCUCGGAGCCAUGCGAGGGAAGGCCCGGCUGCUCUGCACCCACCAAGUGGGCUUCCUCGCGCAGGCUGAUCACGUGAUUGUGCUGCGUGAUGGCAAGGUCAUCGCUGAGGGCCCACCGUCUACAGUGCUCAAAUCAUCUGUCAUGGAGGCACUGCCGGAGCUGACAGCAUCCGAAGGACCGUCUUCAUCGUCAUCUUCAAUGGCAAAGUCCAGCCAUGACACUGGUUCAACCAUAUCUCAAGAAUGUGCCGGAAUGCUCGUCGAAGACGAGGAACGAGAGUACGGGGCUGUGCGCCUGAGCACGGUGCGCUCUUACUGGGAUGCGGUCGGCACCUGGCUGGCUGUUACAGUCCUGCUGUCCCUCGUUCUUAUGCAAGUGUCCCGCACCUCCACUGACUGGUGGCUUGCCGUGUGGGUCUCUUGGGCCAACACGACCAACAAUCUGCAAAAUCAUCGUCUCAUCAGAGACACUAAUAGUGAUGUCAUGAAUGUGUUCCUGCCAAUCUAUGGUGGCCUAGCUGUGGCCAAUGGUUUCCUGACGUUGGCUCGUGCUUUCUCGUUUGCCUACGGCGGCAUUGUGGCUGCGGUCAAAGUCCAUGACUUGCUUCUCGACAAGGUGCUCAAGGCACCGCUGUCAUUCUUGGAAGCCACGCCCGUGGGUCGGGUGCUGAACCGCUUCUCGACGGACGUCUGGUCGAUCGACGACACGCUGCCGUUCAUGUUGAACAUUGUGCUGGCACAAAGCGUGGCACUGGCAGGCACGUUGGUGGUCACUUCCUACGGCCUGCCCUGGGUCCUUCUGUUGCUCAUACCUUUGGCGUUUGCGUACCACUCUCUCCAGCAAUACUACCGCUGGACUUCACGGGAGUUGAGACGUCUGGGGAGCAUCACGCUGUCACCCGUCUACUCGCACUUCACCGAGACGGUCGCUGGUCUCUCGGUCAUUCACAGCUUCAAGGCGGUCUCUAGGUUCUGCCAAGAAAACCUGCACAAGCUAGCAGUCAACCAGCAGGCUGUGUUUGCAUCACAGGCGGCGUCCCAGUGGCUCAACCUGCGACUACAACUCAUGGGCGUUCUGCUCACUUCAGGUGUCGCCUUCCUGGCCGUGGUGCAACACCAGGUCCGUGGGGUCAGCGCAGGUUUUGUGGGCCUUGCGCUGUCGUACGCACUGUCGGUGACGUCCCUGUUAAGCAGCCUGGUGACGUCAUUCACGGACACCGAGAAAGAGAUGGUCAGCAUGGAGCGGGCUGACCAGUACAUCAAGGGACUCGAGGAGGAGAGGCUCGAUGGUGGCAUCCUGCCUCCCUUUGGAUGGCCGUUCUGCGGUGCAGUCAAGUUCAGCAAGGUGACUCUUCGUUACCGUCCCGGUCUACCUGCUGCACUCAGUCGCGUCAGCUUUGAGGCGGCGAAGGGCUGCAAGGUGGGCAUAGUGGGCCGUACGGGCGCAGGAAAAUCCAGCCUGCUCCAGGCUCUGUUUCGGCUCACGCCCGUUGAGAGUGGGCAGAUCUACAUAGACGGCAUCGAUGUUCUUCGCGUGAAUCCCAAGGAAGUCAGGUCUCGGCUGGCGGCCAUCCCACAGGAUCCGUUCGUGUUCUCGGGAUCGGUGCGAGACAACGUGGACCCUCGAGGUCUUCACUCGGACAGCCAGAUCUGGCGGGCUCUGGACAGGUGUCAGCUGGGACGCACCGUGCGAUCGCUGCGCAACAAUAGCGCUGCGGCGAGCACGGGCCUCGAAGCGAGCCUGGGGCUACGUGGUUCUGUGCUAAGCGCUGGACAGCGUCAACUUUUGGCUCUGGCCAGGGCCCUUCUGUACAAGGCACGGGUCCUUUGCCUGGACGAGGCAACUGCGGGCAUAGAUGCCGAGACCGAUCGUGCAAUUCAGGAAACGAUUCGAAGCACAUUCCAAGACACCACUAUCCUGGUGAUAGCCCACAGGGUGGAAACCGUUCUAGACUGUGAUCAAGUCCUAGUCAUGUCCCACGGCAAGGUCGUCGAGUCCGGCAGUCCGCAGGAGCUGCUUCGUCUUGGAAACGGACACUUCCGCGCCCUCGUCGAAGCCUCCCGCAAAAACGGAGGCACGGUGCUCGUCGAGACCGCGGAAGCGGACGACGACGACGUUCCGUUAAUAGGGUUCUCCGAUCCGUAGUGCAUUUCUCAAUUUAUAUCGUGUAACAGAGAGACUUUA